UAUUUUUGUUUAGUAAAUUUUUGUACAUUUUAUAUAAUUUAUCGCUAAAGACCUAUCGAUAUUAACAUUGUAAGGGCAAUGAGACGUUCCGCAGCUCCUUCGCAAAACCCUAAUGGUAAGAAAAGACAGCGAAUUUUACCAAAUAAUGGUUUAGAAAGCGAGGAUUCACCUGCCAAAAUAUUUCGUCAAGAUGACUUGGAAUCGAUCUCUAACAAGCUGUGCACUGAAGACAAGCAGAAAGUUAACAAAGAGAAUCAGUGUCUUCCGAUGCGACCAAACUCACCAAAGGUCCACAUUCCAAAAUUUAAGCCAAAGAUAAGUUCAUUCAGAACUCCAGUGCGAGGCACAGGCCUAACCGUUUCUACCACAGCCAGUGAAACAAAAAAUGAAGAUAAUUCAACCAACGAUAUCAGCCGUUACUACAAUGUUAUGUGGUGUAAAAUAUCAAAGAAAAAGCACAAAACAUGGGAAGGAGAUGGUAUUUUGGUGACAAAAGAACGGACAGCAAUACUACAAGAUACAGAGGGAAAAGAGAUUGGAAGGGCCAGAGGUUACAAAGCUGACGAGCUGGCAAAAUUUACCGAGGGGCAAACAUUAUUGAUUGGUGGUAAAGAGGUUGAGAUCACAGGUGAACUACAGAAGGAUGUCUACCUGAGUGGUAGAUGCUUUCAACAGGGAUCUGAGGCCAAAACAACACCGCCCAAGAAUUAUUCAUUCACUAAAUCAGUUGUACCAAAGCCAUUUUUGAAUCCUCAAAAGGCUGGUUCAACUCCAGGCAACCAAGAACUGUCAUCUCUCAAUAAAAGAAAGAUCACUCCAAGAUUUGAUCCGCUUGCCCCAGGCGCUUUGGUCAUGCCAAGACCUAGUGCAAGUCACCAGUUCGAAAACAACAAGAAAGAUUUGAGUGUGAUUGAUGUCGUCGUGGAUCCAUACAUUUCAAAAAUCCUGCGUCCACAUCAGCGGGAGGGAGUGACAUUUCUAUAUGAAUGUGUGAUGGGAUUACGAUCCUUUGUUGGAAACGGAGCUAUUCUGGCAGAUGAUAUGGGUCUCGGGAAAACUUUGCAGUGUAUUUCCCUUGUUUGGACACUUUUUAAGCAAGGAAUGUACGGUGGCCAACCGAUUGCUAAACGGUUUCUAAUAAUCACACCUGGAAGUUUAGUUAAGAAUUGGGCUGCGGAAUUUCGCAAAUGGUUGGGAAACGAAAGAAUGCCAGUCUACACGGUGAAUUCUGAAAAAAAAGUCCAGGAAUUCAUUCACAGUCCAGUGUUUCCGGCGAUGGUUAUCAGCUAUGAGAUGUUUGUCAGAUACGUUGAAGAUAUCAGAAAAAUUACAUUUGAUUUGGUAAUCUGCGAUGAGGCGCAUAGAUUGAAAAAUGCUGCCAUUAAGACUAGCAUGCACAUCUCAAGUCUCAAGGUGCAGAGAAAGGUCUUGUUAACUGGUACACCUAUUCAGAACGAUCUUACCGAAUUUUAUUCGCUGGCGGAUUUUUGCAACCCUGGAAUUUUCGGAACACAGGCGUCGUUUCGUCGUGUCUACGAAGAACCGAUCGUCCGAGGCAGACAGCCUGGAGCUACGGCAGAAGAAAAGGAGAUUGGUGAAAGCCGUGCGUGCGAGCUCAACAGACUUACAAGUCAGUUCCUUUUGCGGAGAACCUCCGAAAUCAACAACAAAUAUUUGCCCAGAAAAGUUGAGAGCGUGGUGUUCUGUCGUGCAAGCCACUUACAGCUGCAGCUCUAUCAACACUUGACAUCAUCGCGAUGGUUCAAGUCCUGUCUCUCAUCAAGUUACGCUUCCUCGCUGCACUUGAUGUGCAUCUCCGCCCUCAAGAAGUUGUGCAAUCAUCCUUGCUUACUGUAUCGUAGGAACGCCACGGAACAGGUUGAAAAACAACAUUUGACUGAUGCUGAGUCACUCUAUGAUGAUCUACAGGCCUACUACCCCCCUGACAUUGAUCCCAACUCAAGCGACCAUUCUGGAAAAUUGAAAGUUCUUGAUAAUCUCCUCGGCAAAAUUUGCGCCAACAAUCCGGCCGAACGAGUCGUGGUUGUUUCAAAUUACACGCAAACAUUAAAUGUGAUCCAAGGUCUUUGCCAAAAAAGAGGUUAUCGAUUUCUUCGUCUUGACGGGCAGACGGCCACAAACGAUAGACAGAGUUUGGUUGAGCGUUUUAACAGGAAAGGAAGUCAAGAUUUUGUAUUUCUGCUGAGCUCAAAAGCGGGCGGUGUUGGUCUCAAUUUAACUGGAGGGUCCAUACUACUCCUGUACGAUAUUGACUGGAAUCCUGCCAAUGACAUUCAGGCGAUGGCAAGAGUUUGGCGAGACGGACAGAAGAAGACAGUGAAAAUAUAUCGUUUAUUGACAACGGGAACCAUAGAGGAGAAGAUCUACCAAAGACAGAUUAGUAAGCAAGGAUUGAGUGGUGCAGUGGCUGACUCGAAUAUUUCAUCCAAGCCACAGGAUUUCUCUCGUGAAGACUUAAAGGAUCUUUUUACCCUGCACACGAAGACAACUUGCCUCACUCAUGAUCUGUUAAAUUGCUCCUGUAUUGAGACAAGAACGGAGAUGUGA